AUGUCAACCUUCUCUGUUUCAGCUCCAGCCUAUCUGACUCUGGAUCCAAACACAGCCCAUCCUCUGCUCAUCCUGUCUGAGGACCGGACCCGAGUGAGACAUGGUUCAGAAAUCAGCAGGUUCUUGACCAUGGAGAGGAUCAGUCACAGGCCCAGUGUACUGGGAUCUGAGGGGUUCACAUCAGGGAGACAUUACUGGGAGGUGGCGGUGUGGAGCAGCACAUACUGGUUAGUGGGGGUGGCCCGAGGAUCUGUGCCCAGGAAGGAGAGUUUCACACCUGGAACUGAGAGUGGAGUCUGGGCUGUGGAGCUGUACAAUGGGGAAUAUGAAGCUCUAACAUCACCUCCUAUCCCCCUCCCCCUGAGUGUGAGCCCCCGGGUGCUGGGCGUGUACCUGGACUAUGCGGGAGGACAGGUGUCGCUAUACGACGCCGACCACAUGUCUCAUCUCUUCACUUUCACCCACACGUUCACUGGGAAAAUCUUCCCUUACUUUAGCACAUGGCUGCGCACCGACCUGACACUGACCCCUGACAGGGGUGAGGGCGAUCAAUCAGAGAGAGCGUUCGGGGGUUACUGGGCAGAGAGUGGAGGUGACGUAGGAACAUAGAAACAGGAGAAGGCCAUUCAGCCCCUCGAGCCUGU